AUAACCCUAGCCAGUGCGAGCAAGAACCUCGAAGCCGCCGUCGAUGGCCUCAACCUGACCGAGGGCGAGUCCACACCGCCGCCAACCCAGCCACGAUGGAGCCGAAUCCGACAUGUCUUCCGCUAUGCGGUCUCCGAAUUCUUCGGCACCAUGAUCAUGAUGCUCUUCGGUGACGGGGUGGUAGCGCAAGUGCUGCUCAGUGGGAAACAGAAAGGCGAGUAUCAGUCGAUCACCUGGGGCUGGGGCCUCGGCGUCAUGCUCGGAGUCUACGUCUCCAGCCCCUCCGGCUCGCAUCUCAACCCCGCCGUCACCCUCGCCAGCUGCCUGCUCCGCCGCUUCCCCUGGCGCCGCUUCCCCAUCUACAUCCUCUCGCAGCUGCUAGGCGCCAUGUGCGGGGCCGCCAUCGUCUAUGCCAACUACCGCUCGGCCAUCGACGCCUACGAGGGGGGGUCGACCAUCCGCACCGUCCCCGGCUACUCCCCGACAGCCACCGCAGGCAUCUUCAGCACCUAUCCCGCCGCCUUCAUGACGCGAACGGGCAUGUUCUUCUCCGAGUUCCUCGCCAGCGCAAUCCUGAUGUUCGGGAUCUUCGCCGUGAAGGAUAACACGGAGCUCAAGCAGGACAGCACCGCCGCUCCAACAACGACAAAACCCCCCCGUCUCCCCCUCAUGAUGCCCCUAGCAAUGUUCUUCCUCAUCUUCGGCAUCGGCGCCUGCUUCGGCUGGGAAACAGGGUACGCGAUCAACCCGGCCAGGGACUUUGGUCCGCGCCUCGUGACGUAUAUGAUCGGGUACGGGCCCGAGGUCUGGAAGGCCGGGGGGUAUUACUUCUGGAUCCCAAUGAUCGCCCCCUUCGGCGGCUGCGCCUUCGGCGGCUGGCUCUACGACGUCUUCAUCUACACCGGCGCGGACAGCGUGGUCCACGACACUCCUCUGUUCGGUCUUGGUCGCUGCGUCACU